AUGUCAUACAACAAAUCCACAACUCAAGAGAUUGAAGAUUCCUUGAGGUUGAUUGACGACUUAAAGUUUUUUCUAGCAACAGCACCCGCUAAUUGGCAAGAGAAUCAGGUCAUUCGGAGAUACUACUUGAACCAUGAUGAAGGUUUUGUGAGCUGUGUUUACUGGAAUAACUUGUACUUCAUCACUGGUACAGACAUUGUUCGAUGUAUCGUUUACAAGUUUGAACAUUUUGGGCGCAAGAUUAUUGAUCGGAAAAAGUUUGAAGAAGGGAUAUUUUCUGAUUUGAGAAAUUUGAAAUGCAAUACUGAUGCUAUAUUGGAACCACCAAGAUCAGAGUUUCUUGAAUUCCUAUUUAAAAACUCUUGCUUAAGAACACAAAAAAAACAAAAAGUGUUUUUUUGGUUCAAUGUGCCUCACGAUAAGUUGAUGGCUGAUGCCUUAGAACGAGACUUGAAAAAGGAAAAGCUUGGCCAAAAGCCAACCACAAUUGCUCAUAAAGAGCCAGCACUCAGUUUCAAAUAUGAUGAAAACUCCAAUUUGUUUGCUCAAUUGACAAAGCACAUUGAAAAUCAGUCACAAAAUGGAGCUUUCAGUCUAUCCAAGACAAGUGCUUUGAAUACUGCGAAUAGCACAACUACUGCCACAUCUACUUCUGAUGAUUGCAACCUACUAGACCAAAAGUCAUCACCAGAGUACUCGUCUUCCACUACCAAUUGGAAAAACGGCCCCAAAUAUCUCAAAGAUGGCGCGGAUCAUUUAUUCAGGUCGAAACCUAACCAAUCGCCAUUCGAUAAGGACGAAAAGAAAACCAUCAACAAGAAAGCAAGCGAUAACGGCGAAGGGGACGGAAAUGAAGAAGAAGAAGAGGAUGAUGAUGACUUCCCCUUGGAUUAUUUUGUGUCCCAAGACAAUAAUGACAGCUAUAUUACCCUAGACUCCAAUUAUGAAGGUAGUAGUUCAUAUGCAAAAUUGUUUGAAGAUGUCAAUGGUGAUGAAUUUCUCGAUCCUAGCCUAUUUAUACCUUCAGAACUGACAAAUGCAGCUCUGAACCAAGUUGUAUUCAAUGAUGAAUACUUGAUUGAACAAACACAACCUUUGAAAACUCCACUACCGCCCUCAAUGCCAGCGUCAAGUGCAAGGGCAAUGUCCUUGACAAAUCAAGACAAUCUAGGAGACGAGUUUUUCUCAUACCCUCAACUAACAGGUUCUUUGGGCAGCAACUACCAAAUUCCAAUGUCAGCUAAACUACAGACGGCUUUUAAACCUCCAGUACCACCUCAACAACAAACAGGUGCAACUGGAGGUCUCGCGACACCCCAAUUUCUCAAAGUUCCUCAACAACAAAUGCAAGUACAAUCUCAAGCAUUUAAUUCGUAUGAUCAACAACCUUAUUUGUCAGAUGUAAAUUACAACUAUAAUCUCAUUCACCCCGAUAGUGAAUAUUGGACAACGGGUCAAAUAAAUUCAAGUUUGACUGAUGCAAAUUCGAUUCUUGAUUACAAUUUGGGUUUAGGAUACGGUUACCCUGUGCAACAACACCCAAUGAUGUAUAUGAAUGACGAGCUUAUGCCCUACUUUGUCAAUCAGCCAAUAAUGGUACCACAACAACUGUCAAUGGCCGCGCUACAUCAACAACAAUUACAACAACAACAACAGCAGCAGCAGCAACAGCUAAAAUACCAAAGCAUGACAAGACAACAACAGAUUAGCAACAAAAUGAUGACUAAAAAGAGGCAAAUGCAGCAGCAGCAACAACAACAAGCUCAAAGACAGAAACUGAAGUUAAAUGGAGUCAUUGGCGGUGGUGGCAUAACCAAAAAAAGUGUGGUCAAAGUGGAAAAGCCACAAAUAUUAUUGAACGAAGUAGUUAACUCCAAAACCAAUAGAAUAAGCAAGGAGUAA